AUGUCAGACCUCCAGCCUGCAUGCAAGGCCUUCCAGGAGCACGUACUACAGAAUGACUCUACCGUCCUUCCGGCACACCUGAAGCAGAGAGCCCUCUCUGUAUACCACAAACACUCGAGCGACCUUCUCCACGCGACAGCACUGCUUUUGGCUGACGACGACGAGGCGCUUGCCGACGCCGUCUGCGUUUACUUCCGUCCAUACAUUUUGGAGCUAUGUGCUCACUUACUGCAGGUGAAAUUAAACGACGCACACGAAGUGCUGGCUCAGACCUUUGCACGCGUAUUGCACACCACCACCCGUGUGUGGCCCCUCGUGAAACCAUACUUGGAAUCGACCAAAAGCUUUUUCGUCCAGCUCGCAUCGCUGUCCACGUCGCGCCAACGCCGCGCCGCGACCACUGCCAAGUUGUUUUUGCAGGUCAAGCCCAUCGAAUGCAAAGUGCUGUGGAACUGGACGCCGUUCUUUGCCCUGUGCAAUUCCACCGACCACGUCACCCAACAAAACGCGAAGAUUGCCGCCAGCAUUCUCCUCCACAUGGACAACUCCACGCGCAAUGCCUUCCUCACUCCACAGGCAGGAACGACUCAUGCCUCUUCUUCGACUGACAGUCAGCAUCUUGCCCUUCCGGCGUCGUGGUCCCAUGUCAUGUCAGUCGCCAAGUCGCUGCCCCCAACGCUUUGCAACGUGUGCGGCAUCGUCGUGCCUUUCAAAGCCACCUCAGGAGCAGCUGGACCAACGUACCCGCCCUUGAUUGAAACGACAUCGACCACCCAUGCGCUGCGGUCGCUGGCCAUCGCCCUCAGCGUCGAGCGCGCCAUCCUGGUCACCGGAACGGACGGCUGUGGGAAAACUGCCCUCAUCCGCGACUUGGCUCGUCGCACCGGCCACACCAACUUGGUGGAACUGCACUUGGACGACCAAAUGGACAGCAAGACGCUGGUCGGGUCGUAUGUAUGUACCGACAUUCCCGGUGAAUUCAGCUGGCAACCUGGUGCGCUCACCCAAGCCGUGACCGAAGGGCGAUGGGUGGUCAUUGAAGACAUUGACCGCGCGUCCAUGGAUGUGUUGGCGGCGUUGCUUCCGCUGCUCACCACGAACGAACUGAUGAUCCGAGGCCAAGCAAUCACGGCAUCACCUGGCUUUCAACUGCUGGCCACGAGUCGCAAGUCUAUGGCUGCGAUGCCCAAGGGAUUUCCAUCUUCGUUGUGGCAUCACAUUCACUUGACCCCGCUUUCCAUGGACGAGAUCCAACUCGUGCUGGUCGAAGGUUACCCGCAGCUGUCUGCGGCCGUCGUGUCGCAAAUGCUGGAAACGUUUCGUGUGGUCAGUCAAGAAUCGUCGCGCGCUAUCCGCCAAAGCUACGGCCGGCAGUUUUCUCUGCGGGACAUGCUCAAGUGGUGCCGCCGCCUGCAAACGCUGCUGGGAACAAUUGAAGCGCAGCAUUUUCUGACGCAAGAGCGCCGCGAGUCGAUUGUGCGCGAGGCGUGGGACGUGUUUUGCAUGGGAAUCCGCGACCCCGUCCAGCGCGUGGAAGCCGCCGUGGCCGUGGCCAACUUGUGGCAGGUCCCUUCGGAAGUCGUCGAGCACCAGCUGGUGAACCACCGACCUGUGUUUACGUCGCACCACAAAGAAGUGCAAGUAGGUCGAGUGCAUCUGUCAACGAUGUUCACCCACCAGUCGGCCACCACCGGCCAUCAAAUUCCGUUUGUCCUGACUGGCCACAGUCUUCGACUCAUGGAACAAUUGGCCGCGACGGUGGCCACACAUGAGCCGACGCUGCUGGUCGGGGAAACUGGCUGCGGGAAGACGACGUUGAUUCAGUACUUAGCCUCUGCCCUCGGCCAGACGCUGGUCGUGCAGAAUCUGAACGUCCAAAGUGACUCGGCCGAUCUCCUCGGCGGGUACAAACCCGUCGACAUGUACCAGCUGGCCCGGCCUUUGUACAUGGACUUUGUGGCUUUGUUUGGGGCAACGUUUCCGUCGUCAUCGAACGCUGGGUUUUUGCAAGUGAUCCAGAAAGCGUUUGACGCCAAGUCGUUCAAAAAGAUGAGUCAGGGCAUGCUCAAGGCUGUAAAGAUGGCCGAUGCGACCACGAAGAAGCAGAAAACGUCCACGACAACAACGACCACGGCGCACCAAUGGACAGCGUUUCAAAGCGACUUGAGCCGGUUCAUUCGCCAACACCAACAAGUCGAGUCGAGCUUUGCGUUUGCGUUUGUCGAAGGCCAGCUCGUCCAAGCCAUGAAGGCCGGCCAUUGGAUUCUCUUGGACGAAAUCAACUUGGCGUCGGCCGACACGUUGGAGCGGCUCUCGAGCGUGCUCGAAGGCGAACACAGUGGGCUGUCGCUCACGGAAAAGGGCGACGUGGACCUACUCAAGCCGCACCCCAACUUUCGCGUGUUCGCAGCGAUGAACCCGCCCACGGACGUUGGCAAGAAGGACCUGCCGCCGUCGCUGCGCAACCGAUUCACGCAAAUCUACGUUGACGAGUGCGUGUGUCCGCGGGACUUGACGCUGAUUGUGAACCACCAGUGGAAGGAGAUUGCCAAUGCCCCGAUUGCCGACACGGUCGAGUUUUACUUGCAGUCGCGGCAAAUGGCAGUCGAUGUGCUGAACGACGGCGCGAGGCAACGACCGAGAUACAGUCUGCGGACGCUGUCGCGGUCGCUCCUCAUGACCAAAACGAUGCUCCAGAAGGGGUACAGUGUCCAGCGUGCGUUGUACGAGAGCUUUUCGAUGGGGUUUGCGACCCAAUUGGACGCUUCGUCGCGGGUGCUCAUGGUCAAGAGCAUUCGCAAAACGUUUGCCCCGAACCUCAAGCAAAAGGAAUUGGACCACCCGCCGCCGAAACCGCGAAAAGUGGACGACGAGUUUGAGUUGAUCAGCUCGUAUUGGGUGCCCCAAGGCACGUUGGAGCCAUUCGAUCAAGCAAUUGCAGACCCCGUGACGAAUUUGAAGAAGUUUGUGUUGACACCGUCCGUGGAACUCAACCUGCGCCACGUCGCACGGUCAGUCGUCAUUGGCAAGUACCCGCUGCUGCUGCAAGGCCCGACGUCGGCCGGGAAGACGUCGCUGAUUCUGUACGUCGCCGCACGACUUGGUCAAAAGUGCGUGCGCAUCAACAACCACGAACACACGGACAUUCAAGAGUACCUGGGGUCAUAUGUGUCGGACAAGGACGGCAAACUCACGUUCCAAGAAGGGGUACUCGUGCAAGCAGUGCGUUUGGGGUGGUGGAUCAUUCUCGACGAACUCAACUUGGCGCCGUCUGAAGUGUUGGAAGCGUUGAAUCGACUGCUCGACGACAACCGCGAACUAUUUAUUCCUGAAACGCAAACCACGAUCCAGCCGCAUCCUCGGUUCAUGCUGUUUGCCACGCAAAACCCGCCGGGGCUGUACGGUGGUCGCAAGGUGCUCAGUCGUGCGUUCCGAAACCGGUUCAUCGAGCUGCAAGUGGACGAAGUCCCGCCCAAGGAACUGCAGCAAAUUCUGCAAGAACGGAGCGCGCUCCCGCCAAGCUAUUGCUCGCUUCUCAUCACUAUCAUGCUGGACCUGCAGCGCAUUCGAGCGCAAAGCAGCGUGUUUGCUGGCAAAGCUGGCUUCAUCACCACCCGCGACUUGCUUCGAUGGGCGCAGCGCCAGCCCACGACCAAGCAAAAGGUAGCGGAAGAAGGGUACUUCCUCUUGGCCGAGCGUCUGCGCAAGGACGAAGACAAGCUCGUUGUGCAGCAAGUUCUGGAAAAACACUGCGGCGCCACCAUUGACCUGGAUGCGCUGUACAAUGGACAGCCCGACUUGUCCCAAGUCAUCGGGCAGGAUGAACCGAAUUUAGUGUGGGGCACCCCAGAACAUUUUGCACAAGUGCAAACCAAACUGUCGGCGACCGAUGGGAAGGGAAACAAUAGUGGGCUGUCGUCCAUUUCAAUCACGUCGUCACUUCGUCGUCUGUUUGCGUUGGUUGGUCGGUGCUUGCAACACCAAGAACCUGUCUUGCUCGUGGGGGACACGGGCGCCGGCAAGACCACCGUGUGCCAGCUGUACUCGUUGCUGUUUGACCAGUCGCUCCACAUUCUAAACUGCCAUCAGCACACCGAAACCGCCGACUUUCUCGGCAGUCUGCGGCCCGUGCGUGGCAAAGACGCCGUGUUGAACCAAUUGCAUACCCUGCUGCAGCAGUUUACGACGUUGGCGACGUCGUUCGACGUGGAUACGAGUGCGCUGGAUGCCGUGGACACGACCAACGUGAUGCAGCUGUUCCCGGUUCUGGAACCCUUGUUGGCCAAAACCCAACAUAUCGACGACACAAGUCUGCAAACGGUGGUGCAAAGUCUGCUCAAGCUCAAGCAGCGAGCGAUCGCUCUCUUCGAAUGGGUUGACGGUCCCCUUGUGACGUCCAUGAAGGGCGGCGAUUUGUUUCUCGUUGACGAAAUCAACUUGGCGGACGACGCCGUGCUCGAACGCCUCAACAGCGUGCUGGAACCAGCGCGGGGGCUGGUGCUGGCGGAAAAGGGCGACGACGCCGAACACAUCACUGCCGACCCCAAGUGGCGCAUCCUUGCCACGAUGAACCCCGGGGGGGACUUUGGGAAGCGAGAGCUGUCCCCGGCCCUACGCAACCGGUUCACGGAAAUCUGGGUGCCGAGUCUGUCCAGUGUCUCCGACUUGGCUAUUGUCGUGCGGGACCGACUGCCCGCCGCGAGUGUGCACUUAGCGCCGUCCGUUUUGCAGUUUGUUCAAGCUUUCAAUGGCCACUUUUCGCUGCACGGGUGGAAGGUGACGUUGCGAGACUUGCUCUCGUGGCUCAACUUCAUGCAUGUGUCCACGUUGCCGCCGUCGAUGGCGUAUGUGCAGGGCGCGGCGUUGUCCAUCUUGGACGGGCUUGGCUUGGGCUCGACGCAGUCGCUUCAUGCGGCCACGUCGGCGCGCACGACAGCGUAUGGCUUGCUCCUGGCGUCGCUUCCACCCCCUGUACCGGACGUGCUGCCCUCUACGCAGUGGGAAACCCAAGACACCAUUUGUGGGGUGUCUCCGUUCUUCAUCCCCCGGGGGCCCCAAGCCCCCGUGCCGCUUCCAUUUUCGUUGGCCGCCCCCACGACCAUGAAGAAUCUGCAGCGGGUGUUGCGCGCACUUCAAGUGUCGCGUCCGAUCUUGUUGGAAGGGUCCCCUGGGGUCGGAAAGACGAGUCUUAUCCAUGCACUGGCCCAACUCAGCGGCCAAACGCUGGUGCGCAUCAACUUGUCGGAACAAACGGAUGUCGCCGACUUGUUUGGAUCUGACUUGCCAUCGACCGAUCCAGACGCGACGAGUCCAUUCACGUGGUGCGACGGGGUGUUUUUACGUGCCCUCAAGGCUGGGCAGUGGGUGUUGCUGGACGAACUCAACUUGGCGUCCCAGAGCGUGCUCGAAGGGCUCAACGCUUGCCUGGAUCAUCGAGGAACUGUGUAUAUUCCGGAGAUCGACAAGAGUUUCCACUGUCCGUCCACGUUUCGGGUGUUUGCGGCGCAGAAUCCGUUGCGUCAAGGCGGGGGCCGAAAGGGCCUUCCCAAAUCGUUUUUGAACAGAUUCACGCGCGUUGUAGUGGAUACGUUGGCAAACGACGACUUGAACAUCAUCGCCACGGCCUUGUACCCGUCGAUUGAGCCGUCCACGAUUGAAAAGAUGAUUGCGUUCAAUGCACUGGUGCACCAAGACACGAUGGUCCAGGGAUCGUAUGGUCGCCAAGGGGCCCCGUGGGAGUUCAACCUCCGCGAUGUGUUUCGGUGGUGUACGCUGGCGUCGACGUUGACGACGCCGUCUGUGACGUGGUACAUUCCGAUGCUGUACACAUCCCGGUUCCGCACCGUGCAGGACCGCGUGUGUCUGGAACGACGGUGGCGCCAAGUGUUUGGAGACACUGCCACAUCCGACGACGUCCCUCCGCCCCUGUUUCACAUCACGCCCGACAGUUUGCAGGUGGGCGUGGCGGUGCUGCCUCGAGCCUCGUUCAGCGACUUGUCGUCGUUGCCGCCCUUGUUGACGCAAUGGCUGGAACCGACCGAGGCGUUGAUGCACUGCGUCCGGCUGCAGUGGCCCGCGCUCCUCGUCGGCCCUAGCGGCAGCGGCAAAUCGGCAAUCGUCAAACUGCUGGCGUCGCUCACUGGCCACCGCCUGCACGAGUUGGGCUUAAGCUCCGGCACAGAUGCCACCGAGCUGCUCGGGUGUUUUGAGCAAGUGGAUGUGCAACGUCGCGUCCAAGAAGUGCAAACAGAGCUCAGUUACGCCGUCCAGAAAUUGCAGCAGCAAUGCAUCCUUCAACAGGAAUUCGCGUCCGUGGCCCAGCUAGCGGACGCAGAGUAUGCCGUGCUCGAGCGUCAGCGCAACUGGAAGGGCCACAAGUCGGAAUUGGAUCCUAUGACAGUGACCCUACUCCAGCAACUGCUGGCGUUGGUGGUUCAAGUGGUAGACAAACAUACCGCCAUUGUGCUGCCGUUAUCUCUGGACUCUAUUCAAGAAAAACUCGACAGCAUCAAGCUCCUUGCGUCCACGGCUGGACGUUCCAGUUGCUUUGAGUGGGUCGAUGGCACGUUGCUGCAAGCUUUGGAAGCUGGCGAGUGGUUGCUGCUCGACAAUGUCAAUUUCUGCAGCGCAUCUGUAUUGGAUCGCUUGAAUUCUUUGCUGGAAAUCAAUGGUGAACUUCUCGUCAAUGAAUGUGGGGUCGUGAACGGCACCCUGCGCGUAGUCAAGCCGCACCCGGACUUCCGCAUCUUCUUGGCCAUGGAUGCCCAGUUUGGCGAAGUUAGUCGCGCCAUGCGAAACCGAUGCAUUGAGAUUGCGUUGUUGCCGCCAAAUGUGAUUUCGACCAAGUCCAAUCUGGACAUGUUGUCCUUGAUGCAGUCCGUGUCGUCCAUUCAAUUUCCGCUGAGUAUUUACCACCAAUUCCAAACGUUCCACGAAGACAUGAUGCAGCAAGACAGGUCCAUCUCGUGGCGCCACGCGUACAACUGGAGCCAGCUCACGCAGGCUUAUGUCGACCACGGAUUUGCAACCCAGCAAGCCUGCCAGCAGGCGAUGCUCGACAUUUUCGGCAUCGCCAUCGACCUGGUAUGGCCCCCAGAGCCGCACUACGCCCCCCCGUCGCUCUCCACAGAUGUGUUUGUUCGAGACGCGAGCGCAGGCAUGACGCGUUUGCAAUCGCGGCUUGCGUUGUACUUGGAGACCCCCAACAUGUCCAACAACGCCGUGCUCGAUGUGGUGCAGCUGCUCUGCGGGGCGGCGGCAGCGCACUGGCCCAAGUCGCUCCUCUUGAGCAACCACGAAUCGUGGACGGAAUGCGCCAAGACUCAGCACUCGGACGAGUUGGCGACGGCCAUGCUUCCGUGGGCAAUUUACCGCAGCGGACAACAUGAUGGCUUUGCAUCGCCCCUGGUUCAACAUGAGUUUGCGAAAUAUCUGGCGGACGAAUCGUCGUUGCAACAUACGUGGAACGUCCUGGCGAGUCACAUCAAGGCUUUGAACGCAGCCAUGCCGGGCUUGGACAUCCAUUCGUUGUACGGGAACCGCCCAGCCCGAGAAAUUCUGCGCGCAGAAGUGCUUCAGCAUGGCGACGACACGACCAAAGCGCUGUGGGUCAAGGUGGAAGCAGUGUUGCAAACCCUGGAAAUGCUCGAGUCCACAUGGUGGCAUCGAUAUGAAGAGCAGACGCUGCUCGGCAUCAAGUCGUCUGGAGAAAAACAAUCCCAGUCCAAGAAAUCCAAGCGCGAAGUCAAGCCCAAGGCAGGCCACACGGUGCUCAACCAGUCGUACCAGUGCUUUCUGCACGGAUCGGACGCUGUCGACGUCGACAACGACGUGGUGCCGGUCGUGUACCCAUUUCUAUCGGCUUUGGAUACAUGCGUGCAUGAAUUUGUCCAGCGGACCCUUCAUCACCAGUUGACCCGCCAUCAAGUGAGCGCCGUGCAAAGCGUGUUGCACCUUCGGUUUGCAUGGAGCCAUGUGCUUACAACCGAGGAGGCGUCCGUGUCCUUUCCGUGGCAUUCGUUCCUCGUGGGAUGGAAAUGGCUCGUCAAAGCUUGGCAAGCAUUUGGCGAAUUGUGUGUCACCGACUUGACGACCUCGGUCGUUCACGUGCACGAUAUGGUGGAGCGCAUGGAGUACGCCAUUGCUACGUGCAUCGGAUGCGCUCGGGCCAAGGACACGCUGUGGAAGCGCGGCGGACAUCGGCAGUUGCCGCCUUGCUUGACCACGUGGACGGCCAUCUCCGCUGUGGAAAAGCUGGCCGCGGCGUGCUCGAACGUGCCGUCAUCAGUAAACCAGUUGUCGCUCGUGGAUUUGCUAUGCACCAACAACUCGGUGUUUCAAUUCCAGCCGGCGCUCGUACUGUCUAUGCCCCCGUCGUACAUCCAAGAGGUGUUGCACGCGCUCACAACGUACGCCUGGUUUAUCGAAACGUCGGGCCAGUCGUUCGACACGCUAAAGCAGUUGCCGGACGCACUGCGCCACCAGCUCGAAACCAUUCAAGCUAAAUACGUGGCAAAUCAUUCGCACUUGUUGGUGUAUUUGCAGCCCCAAGACGACGACGACGACGUCAACCAGGACGCGACGGUAUUGCUACUGAGCGAAGACGAAAGCCCAGUGAUUGCAUCGUGGAUUCAGAUACAACUUGCCCCGCUGCGGGAAUUCCGAGUGUUGGAGCUCGAACUGCACAUUGUCAGUACGUUGGCCACGCUGUUGGUCGAAAAAUCCGACGCCGAGUUUGCCGCGACGGUGCAAUCUCUGGUACGCAACCUGGAAGCGUUUUUGACAUUGCAGCGUCAAGUGCACACUCGGUCCGCUGUGACGUUGGUACCCCAUCAAGACUUGCUGUGGCGUGCCCACAAGUACGUACAAGACGACGGUGUCGUGGUGGUGACGGUUGCCGACCAUGCCGAGUUCCGGGACGUGGUGGCCAAACACUUGAACUCGGCCAUGGUGUACUUCCACGAACGACUGUGGAACAGCAGCGUGAACUCGCUCGAUGCAAUCUCCAGUCGCGUCUACCACACAGACGCCGACGCGGUAACGUUGUCCAAGGUCGGUGGAUUCUUGCGCUUGUUUCAGGCCGUGGAAACGACUCUGGCGAUGCAGUACUUGGAAUCGAGCUCGAAAAUGCCCAUUGUAGACGUCACUGUGAGCACGACCAAGCUCAAGCAAGCGGCGGACCACUGGGCUAUCGCCCAUCAAGCGCCCAACCUGUUUGGGUGGAGCCACGACUACUUGUGGUCGCUGGUCUUGGCCACGCUUUACAUUUUUGUGCCUCGGUCCCAUCAAGUGUACGACCUCUUGGCGUCGUACAUACAAGAGUCCAGCGAAUCGAUUCCGACCAUCGUGCAGCAGUUGCAGGCUGCGUCGACGGACACGCGGUUCACACUGUCCCUGCCAGUGUUGGAGGCGUUCUUGACGCUGUAUCAUUCGUACAAGGAACAUGCGUUGCUACGGCAUGGGGUGAGCUGGACACUGGUGGGCCUGUGGCGCUUCGGACUGCUCACGCCGUCGUCACCGCUGGAUCCGGCGUUGAUUCCGCUGAUCAAGCGAGACUUUUUGCUCGGGCGGAUGGCGCAGUGGGCGGUGCACCACACCGUGGACGCGUGCAUGACCAACCUGACGCCGCAGGAUUACUCUGUCCGAGACCCGCAGCCUCUGUCGGACAAGAUCGACAAGCUGCAACUCAAGGCGAUUGAGCGGCCGUGCGAUAAGAACUUGUUUGGCGACUUGUUUCAAGACAUUGUGCGCUUUGCCACGUCCAUCAUGACAAAGAAGGUUGUGCAUUGGUGCCAACACGUGGACGACGACGACAAGAACGCCGCGCAGCUGGUGCGCGAAAUCAAAAUGUUUCAGCAGACGACCGACAGUUUCGUCGCGCGGUUGCAGGCCAAGUACACCGACUACCGCGACGUGGUGGAGCCGGUCAUUGCCAGCGUGUACCAUGCCAAGGACGGACUGUCUUUGGUCGCGCAUGUGCUGGAAGCCAAGGCCACUGCCCAUGUCCAGACGCUGGCGCGGACGGUGCUGUGCAUGCCGAGUCCGGAUACCCACCAUGCCACGGCCGAAGUGCUGUUGAAGCACUCGGACACGUUGAAUGAACACCACGUGUCGGCGGUGGACCGGUUGACGGCCGCAUUGAACCAAGUGGAAUUGCAUUACCGCAACCAGGCGUCCUUGCGGCCACAUGCGCACCAUGCGAUGGUGGACACGGCGCCGGCGAUCUUUGACGCGUUCUUGCAGCUGUGGUCGGAAAAUCAAGCUAAACUUGAGCGCGAAAAGGAGCAAGCCGAUGCUCUGUACAAGUUCAAGACGCGGACGCUGGAGAUUGAGAGCGAGGAGCAACUGCUGGAGAAGGAGUACCGCCAGCAAUUUCCCGACUUUGCCAAGGCGUUCUCGGACUUGCUGGCGACCGAUACCUUGGAUGGCGCCAACCCCAACUCUGAGGACGAGAAAGAGCCGUCGCCGCUGCCGGACCACGUCGUGCACUUCGUUGCGGCAUGUCACGAGCGGCUAUUUGUGCACACGUGGGCAACUGGGACGUCGUUAAAGUCGGCGUGGAUCAAAAAGUAUGCGCUGGGUUUCCACUUGAAACCGUCGUUGAACUCCCUGUUGGAUGCCCAAUUGGACACGGACACCCGUGGAGGCCAUCUAGUGUACACCCAACAUGUGCUGGACGAACAAGCCGCCUGCGACACGGUGCCGUUCUUGCAGUUGAGUGCAUCUUACGUGGCCAACAUUGACUUUCACCGGGAUCCGCAUGUGAAGGAAGUGGUGUUGGUGCGUAAACCCCUCCAGCGCAUGAUGCUCCGGUUGCAAUCGUUGCUGAUCCAAUGGCCCGACAAUGCGAUACUGCAAAAGCUGUUGUUGGUGUCCAACCGCCUGCGCCAAAUGUCCAACCAAGUGCCACUGGCGCAAAUCUUGGUGGGUGUCGAAUUGCUGCUGAAAAAUGCCCAGGAAUGGCAAGCUAUUGCGUCCAAGGACGUGUCGAUUCAAGAAGAGAUGGCCGCGUUGAGUGCCCUGGUUGUCCGAUGGCGCAAGUUGGAACUGUAUUCGUGGCCACAACUGAUGGUGAUCAAGGAACGGUCGUUUCAGCUGGAAGCGCGCAAGGCGUGGUUUCACCUGUACAGUUUGUUGACGGCCAAGCCGGAAAUACAAGAGGUCGGCGCGGUCAACUUGAACUGGAUGGUGGUGCCGGCGCCGCUGGAAAGCUCGUGGCUCGAUUCAUGGCGGUACAAGUUGUUUGACACGAUGGAAGGGUUCCUUCGAUCGUGCACGGUCGGUCAGUUCCAAACGCGGUUGGUGCUGCUCUACUCAUUCUGUAGCCAGCUCUUUGCCGCACAUUAUGCUGAAACAAGCGCGGAAACGUACCGGUUGGCGUGCAUGAUGUACCAUUUGUAUCGGUACUAUGCACAGCACUUGACGUACAACUUGCAUCCGAUGUGGGCACGACUACGCCAGCCGAUUCAAACCAAGCUCGACGAGUUUGUCAAGAUCAGCAAGUGGGACGAGCAAACGUACUACUCGCUGGCGCUGUCGGCGGAGAAGAGCCAUCGCAAACUCAUGAAGUUUGUGCGUGACUAUGAGGAAGUGCUCAACAUGCCCAUGCAGGCAUUCUUGGACCGAGUCAUCGACGGCAACAUCACGAGCGAGAAAUACGACGGGAUCCAGGCGCUGCAGUCGACCUGGAUUGAGCUCAAGACGCGCCAAGAUCCGAUUGAAGUCGACGACGAAGACGCUGAAGACGUCGAGAUUCCUAUUUGGCGAGUGGUGGCUGUGCCUCACAUCGACAAGUCGGCGACGUUCGACUUGCCCGAAGCGCUGACCCAAGUGGCCGAGUCCAAUGCCCUCCGGUGGUUGCUCCAACUGCCCAGUUUAAGCCGCAAAAUUCACAAGUUUGCGACCCAUGAGCUGCUCAGUGACAAGACCCUGCGCGUGAACCAACAAGGCCGACACCUUAGCGAAGAGUUGUGCACGGCGGUGUUGCUUCGCAUUGACAGCUUGAAGGCGGAGACUGCACCUAAAGGCGCCAAGAAGAAAGCCCUUAUUGAUCUCUUGGCGGAACUCAAGAACCAAGGAUGGUCUACGCUGAAGACCAAGACGCCGCCCCAACAAGCGCAUAUUCAGUCGCUGUUGGAAUUGGAAAUCCCUCGUGUUGAGGCGUCGCUUCGUCUGCACGCGAGUGCCCAUCCUUCCACUGCCGACGACCCGCUGCCAAUCUGGGCUCAAGCCGACAGCUACUACUACCGGUACUUGGCUCAGCUGCAGGCGCUGCGAUACACUGUCAUUUCUGGCUACAACAAGGACAUUUCAUGGUCUGAAGUCGACAAGAUGAGUGGAUAUGCAGAGAACAUGCUCCACAGUAUCCUGCAGCAGCGCGCGUCGCUUGAAUCGAUGGCGCACACGCACGAAGGACUGCUCCAGCACUUGCAUGUGCUGACGCAAGGUCCGUCGCCGUGGAUUCAUGCUCAAGAGACGCUCAAGAAGUGGCACGCCCAGCAGACGGAGGACCUGUUGCAGCUGCUGCAAUGGGUGGACGAACUGCGUUUGGCCCAUCCGCACCAUCCGCUGCUGGAAACGUCCAAGGGCUUGUUGCGGCAAUGUGGCAAAGACCUGAAGCGGACGCAGCUGCCGCAAACGUCUGGCGUGCCGACGCGCCCGAUGGACGACGGCAACUUUGACACGUCGACGAGUUAUGGGUUCCAAGACAAAUCGCCGUCGCCUAUCGUCGGGUUCUCGCCCGAGGUGCUGGCGCGCGACAUUCAGUUGCUCAACCCUGAGCCGUUGCUGAAGAACGCGCGAGAAAUCGCAUUGAUCUGCGCUCAUGUGCGCGCGGUGCUGGUAGAAACAAGCUUGACCAGUAUCACCGCCCCACUGGCGGCGGUCGAACAGCGUAAUCUCGAAUGGGUGCAGUCCCACCAACGUGAUGACGCCGAUGAUGUGGAGUCGACGACGUUCACGGACGACCAAGUGGAGUUUGUGACAUCAUUUGCCCAGCGACUGAACGGUGUCGUGGAAAGUGUCCUCGUGUCGAUUCAAAAAGCAUGCGAUUACGUGGCACACGACGGAAAAGUCGACGAAACCCCGACUUUGCACAAGUGCCAAGACUACCUACUGGAAUUGGUGCACUCGACACGAGUCAACCACUUGUCGACGCAAAUGGACGAGUUGUGGCAGUUCUUGAAGAAAGACAUGCGAUCAGAGUGGAGCCACGUGUACCAGUCCUGUGUGCGUUGGAUGCAGGCGUUGCUCCCGAGUUGGAAACUGGUCGUGGCGUGGCACCAACAGCUGCUCAGCGACGUUGUCUAUGUCCACAAGAGCAUGUCCAAGUGCGACUAUGUGAUGAUUCGCAUUUUCCGUACGUUGCUCUCGAACGGGUUCUGCAAAGCGCCAGAAGAAAGCGAAGAGAAGGACGGCGGUGGCAACAUGAACUUUGAGGACGACGUCGAAGGCACGGGGAUGGGCGAAGGCGACGGCAAGAAGGAUGUGAGCGAUCAAAUCGAAGACGAGGAGCAGCUGCUGGGGCUCAAGGGCGACGAGCCGCAGGAGCCCCCCGAGAAGAAGAAGGACGAAGACCAGGACAAGGGUCUGGAAAUGCAAAACGACUUUGACGGGGCGAUGGAAGACGUGCCUGAAGACGACGACAAGGACGACGACGACAAGGACGAAGACGACAAGGAGGAGCUGGACCGUGAAAUGGGCGAGUUUGACGAAGACAACAUUGUCGAUGAGAAGCGGUGGGGCGAAGAUUCGGACGACGAGGACGACAACAUUGACAAGGAAAAGGAAAAGUUUGACGAUCAGAGCAAGAUGGACGAGGGCGAAGCGUUGGAGGACGAAGUCCGCGGCAAGGACGGCGACGACGACGAGAAGGACAAGAAAGAAGAGGACAAGCCCAAGGAGAAGCCGCCGGCGGACACCGCUGGGAACGACGACGACGACGAGUCAAAGGAAGACGAAGACGGCAACAUGCCCGACGACGACGGUGUGAACGAAGACACGGAGGACAAGUACGAGGACGAGCACGAAGAGCUCGCGCCUCGCGAUGCCCUUCCGGACGACGAAGAGCAAAAGAAAGACGAGGACGAGUUUGCCGACGACAUGAAUCUGGACGGCGAAGACAAGGAGGAAGAAGAGGCCGCCGACAUUGACGAAACCAUGCCAGACGAAGAUCAGCCAGAAGACGGGGAAGACGGCGACCCGACGGCUGAUCCGGACCAGAACGACGACGACGAAGAAACCAAAGAAGACGAGCCGGAGGCGGUGCCGCUCGGCGCGGGCAACGAGGAGCAGGAAAUGGACGUACCGUCCAACGACGAUCCUGAAACGGACAAGACGGACGACCAGCCACCCCCUCCCCCCCACGAGACGGAGAAGAACGAAGAGAGCAAGAGUGCCGGGGCGGUGGCGGGCGUGGAGUCCAAGGACGGCCAAGAUGCGCUGGAACCUCAAGAUCGGGACGAGAACAACGACGACGACGACGAUGCUGCGGAAGACGCCGAUCGCCCAGACGACGAAGAGACCACGACGGAACAGCAGCAAGGUGCGCAGUCCAACCCGAACGGGUCGGAACUCAAGCCGGUGGUCGGUGCUGAAUCCCAACAAGAGCAAAGUCGCGAACGCAAGGACCUUAACCCGUACAGAAACCCGGAAAAGGCGCAGGAGCAUUGGCGUCGGCGCAUGGAGAUUCUGGACACGAACCAAACGCAGAAUGAAUCGCAGGCGAAUGAGAAACCGGACGACAAGGACGAACAAGGUGGCGUGGGGGAGAUGGCCGACGAAGAUGACAAGAACGUCGACUUGGCCUUGGCGCCUACCGACGAUGCCGCCGUGCCGGAAGGCAUGAUGGAGGAGGACGAGGACGACUCGAACGACCUUGACACGGACAAGAAGGACGACGACGAUGCGGCGAAACAACCCGAGCCCGUCAAGGAAGACAAGCCCAACGACCAACCCAAGGCGGCGGCGCCUCAAGAUCCGUUGGAUGCCAAGCCUUCCAACAAGAACAAACCAGAUGGUCUCACGGCAGACAACGUGGAUGUUGAGAUGGACAACCCCGACGACGACGACGACUCGGAGAACGACCUGGCAUCCCGGGACUUUGACAUGAAUGCCGACGAGUUUGCACCGGUGGUGGCGUCGGGCGUGGACGUCGGCGACAAAGACGCUCAGACGGAACUCCUAGAAGCGGACGAGGUCGACAUCGACGCCCUUCGCGCCGACCUGGACGCAUCCAUGCAACUCCAGACCGUGGACUCGAUCGAACGAGGCACGGCACUGUGGAGUACGUACGAUCAAAUCACCCGAGCCGGGGCCCAGCGACUGUGCGAGCAGCUGCGGCUGGUGCUCGCGCCCAUGCUUCGCUCGCGUCUGCAAGGCGACUACCGGACGGGCAAGCGCAUCAACAUGCGCAAAGUGAUUCCGUACAUUGCCAGUUCGUUCCGCAAGGAUAAGAUCUGGCUGCGCCGGACCAAGCCGUCCAAACGGGCGUACCAAGUGAUGGUUGCAAUCGACGAUUCGGAAUCUAUGGCGGACAAUCAUGCCGGCCGGCUGGCGCUGGAGGCGCUCACGACGUUGUGCAAGGGCAUGACGCAACUGGAAGUGGGCGAGAUUGCCGUGGUCAAGUUUGGGGAAAAGGUCAACUUGCUCCAUCCGUUCGACAUGCCGUUCACGGACGACGCCGGCGCGCGAGUGAUUCGGGCGUUCCAGUUCAACCAAACCAAGACCCACAUGGUGGACACGCUGGAAGCCAUUCAGGGACUGCUCAACCAAGCCAAGCAGAACGCCAGCGGCCACGGCAACACGGAGAUCACGCAGAUCGUGUUUUUGAUCUCGGACGGGCGCUUUGAUAAGGACGGACGCACCAAGAUGCAGAAGCUCGUGCAGGCAGCCAUGGAGCAGCAGCAGCUGAUCGUGCUGCUGAUUGUGGACCACCCGAAGGAUGGUCAAGGCAUUUGUGAUACCCAAAGCGUGAGUUUUGUCAAGGGCAAGGUGGAAAUGACACCCUACAUGGACAACUUCCCGUUCCCGUACUAUGUGAUCAUGAAGAACACCACCAUGCUGCCAGAAACGUUGUGCAAUGCGCUGCGGCAAUGGUUCGAGCUGCUUCAAGGCAGCGACUAGACAACCGUUAGAAUAAAUUGAAUAUAUAUGUAUAUCUUGCA